AUGACGUGGAAACCUGUAAGCCCUUCUGUACAAAAUCAAAGUCCUGUGUCAAUUAUAUUUAUACAACAAGAUACUUGGCGUCGUAGUAGUUAUUAUUGUGAUGCCAGUACAGUAUCGUCCAGCGGUGUAAUUGGCAACGGUGGUCAAGUUUGUUGUAUUUCAACAAGCUGUUAUAGUGUUGGCUGCAUAGCAAGUUCUAAUGUGGUGUGUACUGGCUUCAGCGCCACAGAUGACACCAGUUCUGGUCAAAGUUCAGUAACAGUUUCUAUUCCCAAUAACGUUAACAUACAAGUAGCAUUCCAAUCAUCGGCUUGGCUUUCUACUUUGGGAGUAGGAGCUAGUUCAUCUUGGUCUGUUUCAGCAUUAAUAAGCACUGUACCAAGAGCUGAUGGUAAUUACAAUACUGCUCCAGUUACUUCGAUGGUCGCAAUGAAAACGUUGCGGAAUGGUUUUUAUUAUACGUGGAAUAUUCCGGUUGCUGACACCGAUGGUGAUAUUGUUCGGUGUCGAUGGGCUCGCUCCGGUCCACCGGAUGAAUGCGGAGGCGUAACGGGCUACUUCAUUGAAUUAAAUCAUAUAUCUCUUUUAGUACCCUUUUAUUACGGAACACGAGCAAGUGGUGCGUGCGUGGGCGCUGACAUCGGGACAACUAUCUCGGAUACUGUUCAAGUUCAAGUUGGUUGUUCUGGCGUUACACUUACAGAUAUCUUAACAAGAAUGUCGCGUGGAUCAAUUAUUCAAAAUUUAACAAAUCCUGUACAAUAUUCGAUGCAAGUAACAUGGACUCCAACAUCAUCGCAAUGGGGAACAAAUUUAGCAUGUUAUACGCCAGUGGAUAGCAUUGGACAGCAAGGCACUACCGUAUGUAUCACUUAUUUGGUGGGUAUUAGUGCUCCGCAAAUGAUCCAGUCAUCGUAUGUCAAUGGUACGAUGUCGGCAAUUGGAACUUUAUAUCAAAAUCAGAAUGUUUGGCGUGUACAAUGUACAAAAUCUGUUAAUCGACCAAGCAUCGAUGCUUAUAUUCGAUUCUAUAAAAAAUCAAAUAAUACACAAGUUUAUUCGAUAAAUGCACGAACAGAUAUGGCCAAUGUUUUGUAUGAUAACUUCACACUGAUUUUCUAUACGUCAAUGACAUGGACACCAGUAAUUUGUUCGUCAUAA